AUGGUCAUAAUGGAAGAUUAUCGUUUAGCACAGAAUACAUUUCAUGAACUAUGGCAAGAAAUAGAACGAAGCCAUUUAAUUUAUUUGGAAAUGGAUGAAACUCCUGAGAAAAUUGAACAGAGGGUAAAACUAGAAGAUUACAUCAACGAUUUUUUGUGUGUAGCCGCUGAUUACCAAAAAUAUAGCAAUCCUGAAACACAAGAGGUUCUACAACGGUCUGCCAGUUGCAAAAAAGAUUUCAGUGGAUACAAAGCAGCUGCUGGUUUCAAUGCAAUUCAGCUCUAUGCUAGCAACUUACUGUCUCAACCUUGGCGAAAAGAAUACCGUCAAAUAAAAAUAUAUUGUGGAUUUUACAAACACCAGGUUGAGGCUAAUUUAGUUGGAGCAGAGAAAUUGUUUGGCGCAAUGGGAUAUCGGUUGUAUGGAAAUGGUUUGAUGGUUUUAGAAGGCCCUAUAUGUCCUGAUAGGGUUACUGCUGUUUCUAAAGAUUGCCUAAUAGCUUAUGUUGAAUGUCAGAUUUGGAAAGCUAUAUGGGAAGUUCUAGCUCCAUCAUUCAAGAUAUCUUGGCUAGACGUUCUUGAGUUCCGUAAAACUCAUAUUUGCAGCCCGGAGCAAUCAAUCAAAGCUCUAACAUACAAUAAUCAUCAACUUCAGUAUCAGGAUCAUACUCGUACUUACUCAGAGGGUUCUGAAUUAUUUCGUGUACCUCGUAACCAUCUAGCUAACCUUUCACCAGUUUCUCCAAUGAACAAUUCCUUUCCUCCUCUCAGCAGCCACCUUCACAUUGGGCUACCUCAAGGUCAAGUACAUGAGCCUCAAUUCGUAAAUGGGUGUUGCACUACAGCCAUGCCUUAUGCAAAUUACAUCCAGGGAUGUAACUAUGCCACCUACGGACCAGCUCCUGUGAAACCAAAUUAUAAUACUAAUGGCUUCUAUAAUGGGUACGGUGUUCCGCAGGUACCAACUGCAAAACUGAUCGAAAUUGGACACAAUGGACCGUCCUCCGAUGUUGUAGACCAUCGAUCUGAACACAAGUCGAGACACUCGGAGUUUCUGCAUAAUGAUUUGUACAAGACAAGAAACGGUAAUCAGGCUAAAUAUCAUGCUGAGGAGACGCCUGAAAAAAGUGACUCUCAGUUCGAGGACUGGGAAUAUGUUUAUAAAAACUUGGAGAGCCAAGGUUACACCAAAGAUUUAGGAGAAAGAGGUGACGUUUUGAGUCCUGAUUCCUUGAGACAGUUGAGAGAAAUCAAAAAAUCUAAGGGUACAAAUAUUGAUGAAGCUCUCAACCAUCUGAAUAUUGAUGAUAGAAUAAGGGUGAAUGACGUCGACAAAAGGGUUGAGAGUGAAAAAAAGAAAGAAGCUGCAACCAAAAUAGAUAAGCAGAUAUCGCCUAGUAGUAGCUAUGAUAAUGUAGCACAUAGUAAGAAACAACUACAAAAAACGAAUUUAGUGAUGAAUUAUGUAAAAGCAAAAACUCUUCCUAAAGAAAAAAUUUCGGUUGAAAACAAAUCACAAUGCACAACACCGAGCACUAGUAAACUGAAAGAUGACAAGAGUAACAAAAAAAAGUCUGGAAAAGUAUCUGAUGAUAGGGAGGCAAAUACUAAAUGGCAGUGCAAAGCAUGCACUCUUCUAAAUCAACAAGGAAAGGAUAUUUGUGAAAUGUGCGGGAAGAGUCGAAUCAUAGCAGUGGAGCAACCCAUGGAAGUGGGAGGAGCGGAGUGUACAAAAUGUACGCUAGUCAAUCCGAAAAAUGCUAAGGAUUGUCUAGCUUGUGAUACCAGCUUAGUAGGAUAUUCUUUUUCGUGGGAACAAGAACAUGAAAAAAUAAAAUAAAAUCACGUGAUGAAAAUGUAUCCAGAAUGGCGGCAGCAAAAAAAUUGUGCCGAGGAUUUGACUCAGAUUACGGGGUGGCACAGGUAG